AUGUCUGGGGGCAAUGAAGUCAACGUUAGUGAAUCCAGGAUGGUGGUUCCAUUGAAUACAUGGGUCCUCAUCUCCAAUUUUAAGCUGUCAUACAAUCUUCUGCGCCGCCCUGACGGGACCUUCAACCGCCACUUGGCAGAAUUCCUUGACCGGAAAGUGCCAGCCAAUUCUAACCCUGUUGAUGGGGUUGUCUCGUUUGAUGUCAUCAUCGACCGUGAAACUAGCCUGCUCAGUCGAAUCUAUCAUCCGGACGAUGCUAAUCUAUCCCCGCUGAACAUUGUUGAUCCUGAGAGAGCGGUGAGCCAAGAGGUUCUUCCUGUCAUAGUUUUCUUCCAUGGUGGAAGCUUUGCACACUCCUCUUCAAACAGCGGUAUAUAUGAUAUUCUGUGUCGCCGACUAGUUGGUAUCUGCAAGGCUGUAGUGGUCUCUGUGAAUUAUCGUAGGGCUCCUGAAAAUCGCUAUCCAUGUGCCUAUGAUGAUGGAUGGACAGCCCUGAGGUGGGUGAACUCUAGAUCAUGGCUUAAAAGUACAAGGGACUCAAACGUUCAUAUCUAUCUAGCUGGCGAUAGCUCUGGCGGGAACAUUGUACACAAUGUUGCUUUAAGAGCAGCAGAAUCUGGAAUCAAUGUACUGGGAAAUAUACUGCUCAACCCUAUGUUUGGUGGGCAGGAGCGGACUGAAUCCGAGUUGCGAUUGGAUGGGAAAUACUUUGUAACCAUCCAAGACCGGGACUGGUACUGGAGAGCUUUUCUCCCUGAUGGUGAAGAUAGGGACCAUCCAGCAUGUAACCCAUUUGGUCCCCGUGGUCAAAGCCUCGAAGCUGUCAAGUUCCCGAAGAGCCUUGUUGUGGUGGCUGGUUUGGAUCUUGUUCAGGACUGGCAAUUGGCUUACGCCAGAGGGCUCGAGAGUGCUGGCAAAAACAUCAAACUUAUGUAUCUUGAGCAGGCCACAAUUGGUUUCUACCUGUUGCCGAAUAAUGAGCAUUUCUACACCGUGAUGGAUGAGAUAAGUAAAUUCGUGCUCUCCGAUAAUUGA